GCCAGGAUCUGAUUCUGACUAAAACAUCCUGUCUCACGUGAUCAGAUUUGUCUUCUCGUCCAGCUUCGUUUGCUGACAGUAACGAUGUUUGUGAAGCAUGUGAUGCAUUGUCCGCAUCUUUGCUGGAGUCAGUAUUAUAUCAGUUAUUAUACAUCCUGUUUAUACUCGCUCUCUAUUUAGACAGUGUCUCAGAUCCCAGCGCCAUCUAUAGUCUUGGACAGCGCCAAAGGCUGUUGUUGCAGUGAAGGCUCCAGAUGGAGGGACUCAGCAACUGUCACUGGGGACAAUGGCUCUGGAUGCCACUGCUCUUUAGCUGCGUGUCUACGGAGGUGACAGGACCGGUCUGUGCGUGCAAGAGUUCUGGUUCUUGUGAUUUCAAAAUGCAAGAUGGCUUCCAGUUCUUUAGAAAACGGAAUGUGGCUCUAGGCAGGCCAGCAACGAUGAGUUCCAUAUGGGACGGUACAGAAAAACAUAAUGAGAGGGCUGGUCCGGCCUGUCUCGCUGUCAACGGUAAAAGAAGCACUACCUUCAAACCUGUUAACAUGUACCCAUCUAGUCCUAACUGUAUCCACACUGGUGAAAAUGACCGGAACCCCUACUGGGAGGUCGACCUGGGUGAACCGUAUCCUGUAGCCAGCAUCACCAUCUACUGGAGAGACAGAUUUUGUCAGUAUCUUUGUGGUUUUCAUCUAUUUUGUGACCAUAUUUAUAUUGCAUUCUUUCUAUCUCUUUCCCUAUGAGAAAUAACUCGCACGUGUUUGUGUGUCUGUCAGUGAGAGCUCGUUUCUCAGGAUGCACAUGUGUGUACGAUCUUUGGAUUUAUGCGCGUGUCGUGUUUCCGUUUCCGACAUUUUAAGCGCUGAAUUUGAUAGUGAGAUUAUCACAGUCAGUCAGUCAGAUUGAGUGGUGACUAUUUGAUACCGUGUUUGUGACUCAUCUAUCGCACUUCGUUUCUUUCCCUCCAUAUUGAGAUUUAAAACCUUCAGUCAAUCAAGCAUUCAUAGUCACACUCCACUGAUGCUGCAGAAAUUAUAGUUCCGCAAAUAUGGAAGAUGAUUCUUAACAAGUUCAAAAUAUUCCUUCUAUUAACUUUUGUGACUUUUAUGUACGUAGACACAUGUUAUUUUUAUUGUUUAAGAUCUUGAACGCAGUUACAAAGUCACUGUGACUGUGGACAAACAGCUGUGCCACACAUUCCAAAACCCACAUUCCAACCCGUCCACAGUUACCUGUGAUACAUCACUGACUGGACAAACCGUGAGGCUAUCUAAAAGUGAUGUGAGCUCAGAUGACCACUACUUUCUCACUGUGUGCGAAGUUGAAGUCUGGGUCUGCUUGCCCGGAUUUUUCGGACCUGACUGUGAGAGAGCCUGUCCAGUUUGUAAGAACAAGCAGAUGUGUAGUCCUAUCGAUGGAGCAUGUCCACAGGGCUGUCCUAAGGGUGUUCAUGGGAGAGAAUGUUCCCAGGACUGUGGACAGUGUAAGGGAGGUAAAUCGUGCAACGCGACUACCGGCUAUUGUGACGAGUGAUGUGAACAUGGAUGGAAGCUUCCUUAAUUUCUGCAAUGAAAGUAAUUCUAAGGGUGAAAGUUCCCAUGACUGUGGACGGUGUAAGGGAGGUAACUCAUGCAACGCGACUACCGGCGACUGUGACGAGGGAUGUGAACAUGGAUGGAAGCUUCGUUUCUGCAACCAGACGGAAGAAAUAUUUUCACCUUUGAACCCUGACGUGACACAGUUGGCUCUUCCAAUCGCAGCCUCUAUUGUGGCCGGCUCUUUUGUCAUAGGAAUCAGCGUAGGGGUCGCUCUAUAUUUGAGACGCCCUAAAGACCAACACCAUGAACCUGAUGCCAGAGAACAAAGCGAUGCUGUAAUGGUUACAGAGGUCAGAGGUGACACCUUGCAACAUUCGCCAGCUCAUGCUGCUCAAACAUCAGGGUCUCAAGAAAAUGUCAUCGUCAGUCAGAGCAAAGGCUACGUUCCAAAGAAGAAAGGAAAUGGUUACAAGGCUUUUCCCGUACGGCAUAAGAAUGUUUCCGACCCAGACAACAUCUAUGAGAAUGAAGAAUACGAGGAAAUGGUUUAAUCUGUUUAUUUGCUUCUGAAAUAAGCAAAAAAGCAGCAAACAUUUCGUUGAUCUACUGCGGGUGUUGCACACCUACCCGCGUCUCUGAGACGAUCGAGAUGUGGACUCAACAUCCACGACCCUCACUGUUGGUGUCUGGAGCCUUUUCUUUUUAUUGUAGAUAUACUCGUUCUGUAAACAUUGCCUUACUUUGCUGAAUGUUUAAUGGUGUCACAUUAUUAUUUUAAUAUACUUUAAGAUGUGUUUUUCACCAUUCUUUACGAAUUUUGUACAGAAAAAGAAAACUUCCACUGAAUAUAAUUGAUGUUUUGCUAAUGAUAUGAAGCGGAACGUGUUCGCGUUGGCUCACUAAAGUACAGUGUAGAGGAGACCUGGGCAAGGGGUGGCCCGCGGGCCGCAUCCGGCCCGCCUCCUGUCACUGACCGGGCCGCCCGCUGGCACGCCCGCCAGUAUAUAUACUAUAUAUACAGAAGAGUAUUGGGUAAAACUGAGUUAAUUAUAUUAGUCCGGCCCUCUAAAACCAUCCCAAUUUCUCAUGCGGCCCCUUGGGAAAAUUAAUUGCCCAGCCCUGGUGUAGAGUAUAACCGUCCUUGAAGAUAAUAAACAUUUCAAGGAACGUGGGGCCAAGGCUACAUCCCAGCUUGACAACUCGAUCCGCUCCUAGUCAGCCUCCUGAAAGCAGCAGAUAUUGCUACCACCAUGAACUGCACUCAUGCAACCCCUCCAAUUUUUUUCAUAAUGUGACAACCUGAGCAUCAUUCAUUGUCAACAUGGAGUUUACCCUCCCCUUCCAGAGCUAAGCAUCUUCCUACACCACUGCGUCAAUGUGUGUUCAUGUUUGUGCACAUGUACAUAUGAAUGUGCAUCGAAUUGUGUCAGACUAGCAUAUUGUGAAAUAUAAAGGUCUUUUGAAGUCUAAGUUAAAAGUAUUUAUUAAAAACAAAUAAAACAGCUGAUACA